AUGUCGCCGCGCAGCCCAGCGUUUGCUGGCUGGUCGGGCCUCUUUGCUUUGGUGGCGUUGCUUGCCUUGGCUACAAGCGUUCAAGGUCAAUCCGCGACCCUGGUCUCUACGAUUCCCACCGUGGUCUCCUCCUCCAUUCACGGAAAGGUCGUGCUUCCCGUUUCCUUCACCUACACUGGCUCCGAUCUCCUCGCUGACGGAUGCUGCAGCAUUCUGGUGACUUAUGCCAACCGUGGUUUCCCCGACAUGCCGGCUCGGACGUCUGGUAGCAGCACAGCCGACAACGAAUUUGAGAUUACCAAUCUUAUCGUCACUCCUGAUGUCUCUGGCACCAGUGGCACCGUGACUGCUACUCUGUCUGCGACCGUUGACGAGAAGGCCAACAAUCUCACAUACGUUGUGUCGCUCGCCAGCUCGACCGGCGCAACCUUGCUCGUGUCUUCGGCUAGCUUCUACGCGGACGUUCCCACGUCUACGCUGCUGCAGCCCGCCGAGUUUAACAUCCUGACCAUGACCAAAGCCAACGGCGUUCAAGUUUUCGACGCUCAGGGUUUCCGCGAAUUGCGUCGCCGCGCCCUCACCGCGACUGUGCUCACCGCCUUGAACUACAUGUCUCAAGUCCUGUCUGCCAGCGGCGACGUUGUCAUUGGUACUACUACCACCUACGACUCGCGUACUGCCUUUGACCACCGCUUUGGCGGCGUCUUUGUCACUUUGACUGGCGCCAGCAUCGCCAGCCAGAGCGAGCUUGAUGCCGUGGUUGCUCUCCUCGACGCUCACUUGAACGCGUUUGCUCCGACCACUGGCAAGCUGUACGUCAUUUCGGACUUCUUUGGAAGCACAUUCACCGCUGGCUCGCAAACCCUGCUGGUUGUUGCCCGUGAUGUCAACGGUGCCACCGCCAACGACUUCCUGCUCAGCGCUGACGUCGCCACCUACCUGAACAACGCCCUGACCGGCUCGACUGCUUCCGACCUUUUGACCCAUGGCAUCUCCGCUCUGACUGCCACCUCCGCCCAAGGCCGUGGUUUGAUCCUCACGAAUGAGGGCUUCUUCUUGGCUGGCAACGGCGCCACUUUGACCGCUGUUCGCUCGGCCGGCCCCAAGCUCAACGAUGCCACUAUUGAUUCGUCCAGCUGCAACAUUGUUUGGCAAGCCAGCGUUUCGGGUAGCAACACUGACAACAUUAACGGAGUCGCGACCACCUUCCGUCAAACCUGCACCAACCGCCAGCUGAUCUACCGAUCACUGUCAAGCGCAUUUAUGCUCGUCACCAGCCCGGGCCUCCUUGAUACCCGCACCCUUACCUUCAGUCUGGUUGGCCCCGUCGUGCUUGCCGACAGCGAGUACCACAUCGGCUCUGGUUUUGCCGAGAACGUCGACGUGGAUGAAACCUGGUCUGCCGAGCGUUGCGCCGAGUACCAGCCCUGGGCUACCAUUGGUCUUCAGUCUGUUCUUGCUUGCUCGGAGGCUGCCAACUCGCCCACCUACCGCAAGCUCGUUUUCGACCUUGGUGGCGAGUUUGCCCUCAAGGAGCUCUACGUCACCCUGCCCCACUACCCGCUCCCGUAUCCCGUGGCCGAGUCCCUUGCUACUCAGCCUCGCCACGCUGAUGCCAGCUCGUCGCUCAAGUCCCGUCUUGAGCUGUGGGUUGCCUCCGCCUCUGGUGCUUGGGUCGAUGCCACUGACUCUAUCAGCGACGACUUUGCCGCUGCUUGCACUGGUCUGGGUCAGCGUGACCAACCCUGCGAGAUCACCUUUGAGGUGCUCAGCUAUCUGCGCGACUCCCAACUUGGCAACGCUGGCAUUCGCUACGUUUCCCUUGUCUUUGACGGUAUCGAGGAUUCCACUCGUCGUCUCCCCGCUGCUCUUCGCGUUUUUGAAAUCACCGAAGUUGUUGCCCUCGGCACCUGCCUCUGCAACGGCCACUCGGCAUCCUGCGACAUUGCUGAUGGCAGCUGCGAUUCUUGCGGCCACCUGACCAGCGGCUCUGAUUGCGGCGUCUGCAGCAACACUGCCUUCACCAACAAGCGCAACUCUCCCGACUUUGCCGUCAACUCGUGCUCUUACGACUCUGCCGAAAUGGUCGAUGGCGUUUUUGCCUGCGACGGUCCCUCCCUUGCCGAGAUCGACGCUUCCGAAAUCGAAUCGCUCGUCUACGAGCAUGGCACUUUUUCGGGCUUGAUUGUCCCUGGCGUGCCCGUUCGCGACCUUUCGCGGGCGGUCUUCCAAAAGUUCUUUGCAAACGGUGGCCCGUGCGACCCUUGCACCUGCUUUGGACACUCUAACGCUGAGGUGACGAACAAUUUCGCAAUCCGUGUCUGCGACGCCGAUUCUGGUGUGUGCGAUUGCGCGGCCAGCCACAAUGUGCACGGUGACCACUGCGAGACCUGUGACGCUACUUACUGCCGUGACAUUCCUGCCUGCUCCCCCGCUGCCUACGCUUACGAGCAGUGCCACAUCGCUGGCUGCUUGACUCGCUGCGAUUGCAAUGGCCACUCCACUUUGCCCCAAGUUGGCGGCUUUGACCAAUGCGAAGGCGAUGGCUGCGGUUGCUCGUGCAACGCUGCUGAUGGUGUGACUGGCGCUCACUGCGAGAGCUGUCUCCCCAACUACUUUUCGAGCACUGGUAACGGUGUCGAUGGCGAGACAUGCGAGCCCUGCUUCUGCAACGGCCACAAGGGCUCCCCCGACACUUGCGACGUUACCGGCGGCAACUGCGACCAGGUUGGCGACCCCUGCCAAGACAACACCACUGGCCACAACUGCGAGCUCUGCCUUGAAGGUUUCUUCCGUCCCUUCCGUCCCGAUGGCUCCAUCGACCUGUCUGAUGGUUGCAUUGCAUGCGACUGCAACGGUCACGGCAUUGGUCCCGGUCUUUGCAACCCUGAUGGCGGUGUCUGCUCGUGCGAUCCCUCCUCCAACUCUGAAGGUGACCAGUGCCAGUCUUGCAUUGUUGGUUUCUGGAGUGCCACUGGUACCGCUGAAGACGGCGUGAGCUGCACGGCCUGCCAGUGCAACACCCACAAGGACUAUGUUGACAACGAGUGCAACGCGCUUGGCGGCGACUGCAUGACUGAUUUCGACGGCAACCCGCAACCUUGCGCUGACCAAACCAACGGCACUCACUGCGAGCACUGCAACCCCACCUUCUACCGCCCGUGCUUGACCCCGAUUGUUAGUGGCGUCUGCGGCGGUGUUGACCUGACCUACGGCUGCCAAUCUUGCAACUGCAACCACCAUGCUGCCAUCAUCAUCGGUGGUGGUGAAACUUGCGACGAAGUUGGCGGUAUUUGCGACUGCGCGCCUUCUUCCCACACCACCGGCAACAAUUGCGAGUUCUGCGAGGAAAACUACCAAAACCCCUUCGGCUCUGGUGUCUACGGCGCUUGCUUCGCUUGCUCGUGCUGGACUCACUCUGAAACUUGCAGUGCCAUCGGUACUUGCACCAACUGCCGCGACAACACCACCGGUGUCAGCUGCGGCGACUGCUUCACCAACUACAAGCGCAACACCAUCUACCCCGAUUAUGACACUCCCGAGGGCAACAAGCGCAACCGCGAGCAAGGCUGCCAGGCUUGCAACUGCCACGGCCACGCUUAUCCCAGCAGCACCACCACCGGCUUUGGCAUCUGCAACCCCAACACUGGUCUUUGCCGCAGCUGCGGCAACCACACUCUCAACGGUCCUCUUGGUGAGUGCGACACCUGCGUUCCCGGUUACUUCCGUCAGCUGACGAGCGCCGGCUUUGCUGCUGCCGAUGAUGUCUGCGGCGCUUGCAACUUUGUCAAUGGAAAGUGCUCUGAGGACACCCUUGAAGACAUUUGCCGCCCCUGCUCUGAGCAGUGCUUUGGCUCCAACACCAUGUGCGGUGCGAACACUGGUGUUUGCUCCCAAUGUGGCCUUUCGAACGCUGAGAGCCACCGUUGCGCGUCCUGCCAGAAUGGCUUCUUUGGCAACCCCUCCGAAGGCAUUCCCUGCACCCCUUGCAAGUGCUACCAUUCCGCGCCUAGCAAGUUUGACCUGCUGACCGAAACCGAGAUUGGCACCUUCCAGCAAUGUCUCUUUGACAACAGCAUUGGCGGCGUCAGUGGCGGCGCCCAGUCCUGCAUUCUCGACCACAGUGUCAACACGAUCGACGCUGCUGCUGAUCCCCAGAGCGCCAUUCUGUGCAGCUGCCCUCGCUCCAUUCCCGGCGGCUUCUUCAACAUUAUUGCAUCGGGCGUUGUGUACGAGGGCCGCACUUGCGACUCGUGCAACCAGGAUGCCUACUUUGGCCAGCCCACGCAAUGCCUCAUCCCUGGUGUUGGCGGCAGCGGUCUUGGCGACUGCUUGUCCUUCGACACUUGCAACGAGUGUAUUUGCAACGGCAACAUUGACGAAUCGAGCAUGAUGGACAACUGCGACUACUCUGCUGGCAACCCCAGCAACCUGAUCUGCGAGGCCUGCCUCGGUCAUUCGACCGGUCCCAACUGCGAGGUCUGCGAGGUUGGCUACUAUGGCGACCCGACUCGUCUUGACACUCCCGGCACCAUCGGCACUGGUUUUAUUCUCGACGGCUCUGGCGAGUCGCUCAAGUGCUUCCAGUGCGACUGCAAUGGCCACUCGAUUGCCCGUGUCGUCCCUGGCACGGAGGGUGACGUCCACAACGAUACCUGCACCACGGUUGCUCCUGGCUUUGUUGGCAACUACACUUGCGACUGCGACUCUGCCAACGGCUACACUGGCCCGACCUGCCGCGAAUGUCUGCUUGGCUACGAGCAAAUCGCCCUCGGCAGCAACCUCUUCCGCUGCGAUCCUUGCGACAACUGCACCCGCGACGCCGCUGACAUCAUCUACGGUCUUAUCGACGAGUACGCGGCUCUGGACACUUUCGAGUCCGAUAUUGCCACCUCGGUUGCUGCCGUCGCUGUUGCCAUCAACGACCUGAAGGCCAUCCUCGGCAUUGCCCGUCGCGACGCUUCCGCUGCCAACAUUGUCGCUGCUCUUCCUCUUGUUGGCUCUACUGCCGACCGUCUGACUUCCCAGCGUGAGCAGCUCUCUGCCCUUCUCGCCAACUUUGAAGCGUCUGCUGACAACAAGAUGGUCCGUGUUCGCAUCCAAUCGUUGCUCAAGCGCGUCGAAGACUCCAAGCUUGCCUCGUUCACCUCCCAGUCCGAGUCCUUCCAGCGCCUUGCCGCUGCUGCCGACCUGCUCUCGACUCUGAUUGCCAAGCUUCCUCAGCAACGCGAGCGCCUUGCCUCGCUCGAGUCUGCUCUUGCACAGGCUGAGGCCGCCUUCCUUCACGAGCAGGACUGGAUUGACACCAAUCUCGACGUCAUUUCGGCUGGCCUCGUCACCGCCGAUCGCAUGACGCAGAGUGCUGCUGGCCUCCGUGCCGCGGCUGCUGCUGCUUUCGACCGCUCUGUCGCUCCUCUUGCGCUUGUCUUGAGCCAGGCUGAAGCUGUUCUUCGUGACGACACUGCUGACGCGCUCCAGUCGGUGCUUGCUCAAGCUCUUGCUGACAUCCAAGGCCGCCUGACUCGUCUCGAGUCUGUCAUGUCGAACGUCCGCACCCGCACUGCCACUGCGAACGCCGCCUCGACCACCGAGCGUCUUGCCCAGCACCAGUCGACCAUCUCUGCUCUCGGUGCCCGCCUUGCUUUGAUUGAAGGCCAGGUUGGUCUUGAUGGUGCCAUCGAGCAGGCUCACGCUUCGCUCCUUCUCGUUCUCCAGGCUGCUGAUAUUGGCGCUGGCGAGUUUGUCACCAUGGUUGACGCCACCGAGACUGAGCUUCGCAACAAGCUGGCUGCUCUUGACCCCACUCAGGCACCUCACGUGAGCGAGCUUAUUGCCGAGCUGGAGAGCAGCAUUGCUGCCCAUCGCGAUGCCGUCGCCGAGUCGUCCAAGCGCAUCCUCACCCAAGUCUCUGCUGAGGCCAGCAUUGCUGCCACCGCUGCCUCGGAAUCUCUGAUCUCGAGCGGCGCCAACGAGGUUGCCCGUGUUGUUGCCGUCCAGACCUUCCUCUCAAAGAUUAACACCAUCUCCAACGGUGCUGUCGCUCAGUUCACUGAGGCCUUUGCUGGUGAGCGCGUCCUUGCUAUCAUGCGCGAGCUUGUUUCCAGCCGCCGCCGUCGCACUGUCGAGUUGCUGACUCCUCUUGAGCGCGAGACCUUCGCCGCUUUCGGUGAGGCCUGGUCUGCCGCAAAGUACGAGACAAUGCAGUCGUGCGCCUCGGUCCUCGAUCAGUACACUGAACGCCUGCAGGCCUCGAUUGCUGCCUUCACCAAGUCGCUCACUCGUGUUCAGCUGAACACUACUCAGGUGGCUCUGGACAUGACUGAGCGCGAUUCGAUGAAGAACUGGCUGUCUGGCGUUGCCCAGGAACUCAAGAUGGCGCGCACCGACUCUCUCGCUGCCCUCGAUCGUAAGAUCUCUGCCCGUGCUGGCCAGCUUGCCGCGUCGCUUGACGAGGUUGUUCUCGAGUUGAGCGUCUCGGUCGGCUCUGUUCGCAACCUUGCUGUUGCCGAGCUCAUGCAAGCCUCCUCCAAGGUCGCUGAUCUUCCUGCCAUCGUUGCUGCCACUGUCGCCGACCUCACCCAGCAGCUUGCCAACCUUGUUAGUGAGAUUGACCUCUCGGCCUCCCAGAUUCAGCAAAACGAGCAGCAAGAGCUCGAGCGCUUUGUCGGCCGAUUUGGCUCGGAUAUGGCCAUCAUCCGUACCAAGAUUUCUGCCAUCAACGAGCUUGUCAACGGUCUUGAGGAAGCGCUCAACGAGCAAGCAGAUGCACUUGACGUCUCUGCCACCUCGGCUCGCGCCACUCUUCGCGAAAUUGCCGCUCUCCACGUCAACCUUCGCGCCUUCCUGACCAUCCCUGCCUCCGCCGAGCUUGUCAAGGAAGCUCCGGCUUCGCCGUCCGCAACUCUGGUUGAUCAGUUGCGCAACACUGCUCUUCCUCAAUGCCAGCUCUAA